CCAGCAGUGUUGCUACAAGCUAGUCGGCUCAGACCUCCUUCCUUUAGGCAGAGGGCUCGCCUGCAAAAAUGAGCUCUUUUCAAGCUCUCCUGGCGGAAAAGGCAAAGGAAAAGGCCAAGAAGGAGGCCAUCAUCGCUGAGAAACGAAAGGUGGAAGAGGAACGGUUGAAUCAGGAGAAGGCUGCAAAGAUCAAGAAGCAGAAGGAAGAUGAAGAAGAAGCCAAACGCCUACGAAUCUUGUCCCGGAAGAAAGACCUAGAGUUGGCCGAGAAAUCCAAGAAAGCUGCAGAGGAAAAGGCGUAUUUGGAGAAGAAAAGGGAGGAGGACAGGAAGAGGGUCAUCAAGGAGAAGAUUUUGGGAAAGGACAAGCCGAGUGAUUACAGUCCGAUGGCCAAGAUCAAACAAGCCUCACAUCCUUCCCUCGCCCGUCCAACCCCCUCAUCAUCAAGUUCUGCACCUACACCCGGUACUCCAGGUUACGCCAGCCAUCGAUCGCACGCCUCGUCUUCUUCUUCUCACGCCGCUCCGGUGGUCUUGACCCGACAAGAACGGAAAGCCUUGGCCGAUGCCCGAGAAUUCGGGCUUACUCCGGGGGCGAAAGCGGCUUCGACAAGAACGCGAGGAGGCUGGAGGGAAGGUGGACCGGGGAAGAUGUCAUUGGAAGAGGAAGGGAUUAGCAGGUUGGCAAAGCUCACGGCGGAACGUGCGGGAUUGGUCGAUGUGCCUCCUGCUGCAAGAGGAAACGGGAAUAUAAAGGGGAAAGGGAGGGAGGUGGAUUCAACACGACGAACAGUAUCAGCACCAGUAAAUGGGAAGAAUAGGAAUGGGGACAAGACAUCAGAUCGUGCUGGAUCGAGCAAGAUAGGGGGGGAUUCAGGGGAAGGAUCAUCACGCCGUCCCGAGCCUGGUCCACGGGUGCUCACUCCAAGGAAACCAAGAGAGAUGGAUCGAGCUGGCUCGCCAUCCUCUUCCCGUCCGACACCGAGAUUGGCUUCUGACCCAAGAUCAUCCCGCCCAACCCCCCGCAAACGACCCCGUUCACCAAGCCCUGAUACGGAAUCCUCACUUGACUCGGACGAUCUGGAUCGAAACGAACGGAGCAAACGAAGAGCUACUGGGAAAGGUCGCGAUCGCGAUCGAGACAGUGGAAGAGGAUCUUCUGGUCGAGCAAAUGGUGGUGGUGGGGGUGGUAUCCUGGCUAGUCUUGGGUUCGAUGCGUAUCAGAGUUUCUCCCGGAGUGGGAAAGAUCGCGAACAGUACAUGCGAAAUACAACCUUUUCUGAUGAAGACUCGGAUGACAUGGAGGCCAACGCGGCGACAAUCGCGAAAGAAGAAGCUCGGGCUGCUCGACUGGCCAGGGAGCAAGACAGACUGGAAGAGGAGAUGGAGAGGAAGCGCAAGGAAGAGAAGAUGAAGCGUCGGGCGGGCAAGUAAGCUCGGAUCCGCUCGUGGACGAGCAGUGGUUGUGGGAUGGGGGUUUCUCACGCCGCAAGUGCGUGGUUUUCGACCUCGAAGAUAGUCUUGAAAAGCUGUAUCAAUUAGCAUCAUCAACAUCAAAGCAUGGAAUCUCGG